GCUUGCAUCAGUCUCCUCGCAGUUGCUACUCAGUGUGUGUGCUCACCCACGCUGCUCCAGGAACGGGCAAUCUUCUCACGAAUUACCGUUAUUCAGAGUUCUAGCCGACAAUUUCCAUCAAAAUGGAGAAGAAAAACGGAUACACAAUCACCAAUUCGGUCUCCACCGACGACAUCUUGGAGAAGAGUGGAAAGAAGAAGAAAAGCUGGAAAGACAAGUUUAUGAGAUUUUUGAAUAGGAAUAUGUUGGUGAUAAUGACGGUGUCUGGGGUUCUAGUAGGCGUCGGGCUCGGAAUGAUGGUUCGGAAUAUGAACCUAACCCGGGCGCAGAUGACUUAUUUCGCUUUCCCCGGUGAGAUGCUUCUGAGGAUGCUGAAGAUGAUUAUCCUUCCUCUGGUCGUGUGCAGCCUGAUCUCCGGCGCCGCCAGCCUGGACACACGCUCCCUGGGGAAACUAGGAGGCAUCGCGUUCUCCUACUUCUUGGUGACCACCCUCAUCGCUUCGGGAAUCGGUGUGUCCCUCGCCUUCAUUAUUAAACCGGGAGUCGGUGCCGGGGCUCUGAACACCAAUAACCUAGGUCUCGAGAGCGUCAAUACCAACAAGGAGACCACGGAUUCAUUUUUAGAUCUUGCAAGGAAUUUAUUCCCAGCUAACCUGGUGGCUGCAGCCUUCCGUUCUUAUGCCACCGAUUACAAGAUGGUCGCUGUGGGAAACGACACCAAUGGAACCAUCCUCUACCAGAAGGUUCCUGUGGGCACAGAACCAGAUGGUAUGAACAUCUUGGGCCUGGUUCUCUUUGCCAUGGUGUUCGGGGUGGCACUGAGGAAGCUGGGAGCGGAGGGGGAGGAGCUCAUACGCUUCUUCAACGCGUUCAACGAAGCCACCAUGGUUCUGGUGUCCUGGAUCAUGUGGUACGUCCCGUUCGGCAUUAUGUUCCUGGUGGGCAGUAAGAUAGUGGAGAUGGAGGAUGUGGUUCUGUUGGUGACCAGUCUGGGGAAAUACAUAUUGGCCUCCGUCCUGGGUCAUAUCAUCCACGGAGGGGUCGUCCUGCCUCUCAUCUACUUUGGGUUCACACGCAAGAACCCCUUCAGUUUCCUGUCCGGCCUCAUCACGCCCUUCACCACCGCCUUCGCCACCUGCUCCAGCUCAGCGACCCUGCCCUCCAUGAUGAAGUGUGUAGAGGAGAACAAUGGAGUGGACAAGCGGAUCAGUCGUUUCAUACUUCCCAUCGGGGCCACUGUCAACAUGGAUGGGGCGGCCAUCUUCCAGUGCGUUGCGGCUGUCUUCAUCGCACAGCUCAACAACGUAGAUCUCAACGCCGGUCAGAUCUUCACCAUCCUUGUGACAGCCACAGCAUCCAGUGUGGGCGCAGCGGGCAUCCCAGCCGGGGGGAUCAUCACCAUCGCCAUCAUCCUGGAGGCUAUCGGCCUGCCCACCAACGACCUGUCACUCAUGCUGGCCGUCGACUGGAUCGUGGACCGCACCACCACCGUAGUGAACGUGGAGGGAGACGCCCUGGGGGCAGGGAUCCUCCACCACAUCAACCAACAGGAGAUGAAGAAACAACAACAACUGGACCAGGAGCUAGCAGAGGUUCUGGUGGAAGCGGUAGCCAACACCCAGGCUGACGAGGAGACCUCCCCGCUCGUCACACAUCAAACCCCGGGUUCAGCGGGCGACCAGUCCCCCAGGGAGACCGCGGAAGCCAUUGAGUCUGUACUGUGAACUCGUAAACCAACUGUGAAUUCCGUCUCUAUGGUAACAAUCGGUGGUGGCUGGUGGCACUUUAAAUCCGAGGAUGGGCUCAUAGCAAUGGCUGGAACGAAAUGAAUGGAAUGGUAUCAAAACAAUUCAAACAUAUGGUUUUCUUUGUGUUUGAUAUCAUUACAUUCACUCCAUUCCAGUCAUUAUUAUUAGCCGUCCUCCCCUCACCAGCCUCCUCUGGUGUCUAAGGUUACGACACUGCUGCUGCUACUGCUGACACGACCAAGUCAACCUCUUAAAACAGUUCAUGAGUCAUUUCACUUCUAGGAAAGCAGUGCCAGAGAUAAAGUUCUCGUGAGGUGAAGUCAUGUUUGUUUUAUAUUGUGGUACUUCCUAUUUGGAGUAUUCUAAAAGUGUAUUUAAAAGCCACAAGAAGGUUAGCCUAGCCCUUUAGAAUGAUUCUUGCUCAAAUUGAUUUCUGGUUUUGGGUAAGGGUGGUUGGUCUAUUUGACAUAGAAUCUAAAAAAGGGAAUCUCUCCUAACCAUGACGUGGCUGUGACCUCACGAGGCAGAUAGGAAGGAGAAUCAUUAACUAACUGACAGAGUUUUUUUGUUUGUUUUCUGUUGAUAGUCGACCCAGAACGUGAAACAUUAACACCUCGAAUGACAAAAGUCUCUCAAAUAUUUGGGGUAAAUAUUAGGGAAGAGCCUUUUGGUUUGCCUUUUGGUUAUGUACUACAACCUACUGACCCAAUGACCUACUAUGGUGACUGUCUGUAAUAUUGGAUUUGGGACCAUAAGGAUCUGUGUCGAUAUAGUGCAGGUUCAAUUAGGGGCAAAUCCUAACUUCUACUUAAGUAGAAUUUUCACUUAGUCUCACAUUGACAUCAGUACAUGACUUAGUGGACAUUUGUCUUAAAUGGAAGUUAGGAUUUAUUCCUUAGGCAAUGCAUUGAAAUAUGGUGGUGAGCACACUCCAUUUACUAAAACGUUAAAGUGCAGACCGAGGACAACAAGGGCUACCCUAUCCUUCUAUUGUUGUGAGAAUGGAUGACUUUCAACCGUAAGUUGCCUCCAUCAGUGAUGUCCCAGACCCUUGCUACUAUGGGUUUCAUUUACUGAAGAAACCAAACCAUGCAUUCUUUGGAACUUUUUCUUUUUGGGAUUGAGAGGAAGCAUGGUCAGACGGGUAUAUCACAAAUUGGCACCCUAUUCCCUAUAUAGUGCACUAACUGACCCAUAGGGCUCUGGUUAAAAGUAGUGCACUAUGUAAGGAAUAGAUAGCCAUUUGGGAUGCAACCAUGUGCAUUGGUAAAGGCAUGCUCUCAUUAUUGACUCCUAAUAGUAUUUAUCUCUAUCCUUGGACAUGAAGGAAACGGCCGAAGUUGUUAGAGCAGCCUUUUGCUGUUGCUAGGUACAUCUAUACAGUCUAUGGGAUGCAUGUAUGUUUUACAAAUUACUAAAAUGUUAAAAUGUACAAAAUAAUGAUCAUAUUACAGUAGUGGUUCUGCUGACAUCUAGUGGUGGCAUGGCUCAAUGUUUUGAGUUCUGGCAUGAGAAUGGAGCAAGCAUGUGAAAGUACAGCAUUUUUAUGGUAUUUAUGAAUUUGGUCCUAUAUGGGCCAAUGUGGACUCUUUUAUCUGUGGUCAAAUUGAUUUCUUAUUUCUUUGUAAAGAAUCAAUAUGUCUGUUUGCUAGAAAUGAUUUACUCAGACCUAUGGGGGGGGGGGGGAAUGUUGUACUAACUCACUAAUGUACCAACUCUGUUCCACAAUUGCACUUCUACUCAGACCAAUCAUUUGCUGAAGCAGUUUUUAGGUGUUUUAAAUUGAAGGUUGUUCCUCUAGCAAGGGAAAGUAUAUGUUAUUAACUGUUUUAUACAAAAUUGUAUCCACCCUGAUGUCAGAAUCUUUGGGAAUAUAUUGUCUCUAAACUCUAAACCUGUCCUUAAAAAUGUGAAAAGGUUGCUAAUCUGUCAUUGGAAAACUAUGGCCCUACAUUGUUUGACAGUGAAUUAAUAUAUAUGUUUUGAAAACCAGAAACUGGUUGUUAGAAGGAGCAUUAUGUUUGAAUAUUCUUUCUUUAUUCAACAUGAUCAUCUUUCAGUUGAAUGACCCUUUACUUUUAUGACUUAUAAAUCUUUUUUUCACACUAAAGCUGACUGAAUUUAAAGGAUUGUGAGAAUAUGCUGAAAUAAUCUGGAACAAUCACAGAUAUGUACUUGAAUAAGCUAUAUGAAGGAAUUUUAAUUUAUUCUAAUUGUAUUAACAUUUUGUAUAAUUUGUAUUUUUGAAGAAAAAAAACGAUUUAGGUAUUUUCUCUCAAUUUCUAGCUGCGAAAUCUGUCCCUAACGCCUUUCUCUGAUGUCAAAGUAUUUUUCUUACAGCCUUAAGUAUGUAGCCUGGUCCAGCUCUGGUUGUGCUCUUGCCAACUCCAUUGCUGUAAUUGUCAAGACAAUAUACUUGGCAUAGCAAUGAGUGGCAUGGCAUGAUAGCACAAACAGAUCUGGCACUCAAGCUAUAAAGUAUGUCCUCCAUUUUGUUUUCUGGUAUUUUGACCAACAGGAAUAACUACUAUGUUUCCUGUGCAAUGAUGAUGUCAUUCUUUGUAACACAGCUGUAUCUUUUACUCGUCUCUGUCUUCUAACAUUAAAUAUGUGUGUUUCAGCCAACAGAGA